CCAGAGCAACAAUGCUGCAAAUAAUUGCUCUUACCAUAAUCAACCUUUCUCUAAUUACUGCAAACUGCUGUGAAGAUGGAAUAAUCCAAACACCUAAGCACAUCAUAUGUAAACCAGGACAGUCGAUUUCUAUUACCUGCUCAGUCGAAUCCCCAGAAGAACUAGAGGGAGUUCGUUUCAAAAAGGGAGAAGCAGUGUUGCUGUUUAUUUAUAAGGACAACACAAAUACCUCCAAUCUAAACUAUGCGGGUCAUCUUGAGUUUUAUGGCAUAGUGUCAAAUUUCACAGUUACCCUCAACAAUGUGACGCAGAGUGAUGCUGAUGUAUAUUACUGUGAAGGAUUAACAAGCAAAAAAAUCUGUGGAAAAGGCACUGUAGUCACUGUAGAUAAUUGUUCAGAACACAGCUCAUCAGCAAGUUUUGACCCUAGACUGAUUGCCCUAAUGUUCCUAGUUGUGAUAUCCGUUUUAGUGCAUAUAAUAUUAAUCAUUUAUCAAAGAAGAAAAUGCCGCAAUCAUGUGAUCAGAGCGCCACUGAACACAGUAUAUGAGGAUAUGACGCAGACCAUACGUCGUAACACAAUGGGCAACAACAACUGUUAUGCCAACCCUCGAGGAAUUACUCAAGACCAAGGAUUUUGGAACAUAGCUUAAGAUAUUGCAUCUAUCAGUGCAAUUUACUAAAGUAGGAAUUGUUGGGAUUUCAAAGUUAAACUUAACAAAUUUCAAAUUAUAGCUAUCUGUUGUUCAAAUCAAUUCAUGUCAGUACUUAACAAAUGAACCCAACUGUGUGUGUAGUGUUUGUAGUUUCAAGGUCUCUUUCUCUCUUAAUUAUAGCUGCUGAUUACAGGUAGUUAAAGGGACACUGUACUACUUCACCUUUUUCGAAAAUAUGGCUAGGCCAUACCACCAAUCGGGGCACGGAUGUGAGUGUCCAGGGAUCCUCAUUCAGUGUUAAAAAUGGACGGAGGCAUAACGCCAAGGAACUGUCUUUAAUAAGAUUAAAUAGUACCUACCGUUAAGAGAAAUAAAAAUUAUUUCAAUUGGCUAGGUUGUACUCCAUUUUAAUUUGCAUUGAUUCAGAAGAAACAAUUUUUAUUUUAUUUUUUUUUAAUUUACAUUUGUAUAGUCUUAACUGU